AUGCUCACAUCAUCUACGAACAGCAGCGCGCUUGGUGGUGCUCGUCUCGGUACACAGGCGCUGGCGCUGGCGCCAGCGGUGGCCUGUGCAAAUGACAAGGAGCCCAUGUGGAGUGUAGUUGAUGGACAGGCUCACGGUGAAACUGGCGGCAGCGCUUUGCACGGUCGGGACGCCGUAGACAUAUCAAAGAGCAGAAAGCUGUUGAAGAAGACGUCCCAGUCACAGCUGACGCCAAGGAAGCGAGCUCUUGCUCGAAAGGCUAGCCAGAGCACGUUGUUGGAGCCAAGUGCGAGGGACUCUCCCGCGUUGUCAACAAAGGGCUCUGUGGAGGAGAUGAAAGGCUGUAUUGAUGAGGACAAGUCCGUGUUGUUUGAGUAUACAAAUGCUGAGAUCUUUACGUUUGAAGAAAUGCCGGAUACAAACAACCAAUCGCAUGGUCGGUUGCUAGGGCAUGGGAGGUUUGAACUGUUCCAGCUCCAUCAAAAGGCGGUGAGUUAUCUCCAAUGCGGGUCUGUUGUUUACCCAAUCCUGCCAAAGCUGAAAAUACUCAAGAUCUCCAAGAAUCAGUUCAUCCUGCCGCUGGCGAACCCGGAGCGAUAUUGGAGAAUAGUGCUGCACACAGCAAAUGACUCGAUAAUCAACGAUCUGGAGUCAUCGUUGAAAAGCAUAUGCCAAUUUAGAAACCUGUUCCUUCAGUCAGUGGCCCCACCAACACCGCCGACGAUAGCACCGCUGUCGAGGACUGUACUCUGUGAAUCGUCUCCGAUAAGGAGAAACGUCUCGAUGGGGUCGAUGGCAUCGAUCAGCACCGCAGUGGCAUGCUUCAACUUGGAAUCUGAAUCAGGGUCAAAGGCGUAUGUUGAUGAUAACGUAUUCUUGCAAGACUGCACUUCACCUUUGAAAAAAACCAAAUCAAAUGCAUCUUCAUUGGAACUGGCUCUGGAUAGCUUCUUUGAAGAGCACGAACAAGAAGUUACAAACUAUUACACCCCUGAUGCCUCUGUUCAAAGAGACUCUUCACCGAACAUCUUGUUGGCAUCUAGUCUGAGAACGCGAAACCACGGCUCGUUCAGCAGGUCUUCGAGAUCAAUGUCACUAUAUCAGUCUGAAUCGUCAUGGAUGGAUCCGUCGGACGAUUAUGAAGCUUCUACUCCAAGGACAGAAAAGUACAUAAAGUUGAAUCUCAACCCUAUGGCCAAAGAACGUACGAGGGAUAACCGCAUCGUGACGGAUCCAAUAUUCAGGAACUCGAGCAAGAACAACAAGAAAAACCCUGCGCAUAGAUAUUCAUCUUACGACGUUUACAACAUGCUGGGAGGAUCCUCAAUGGAAGAAAACUCAGACUCAUCAUUCAGAGGGUUUCUGAAAUCAUUCUUCUAG